UUUCUAUUUGUCCGUCUUGAAACAUCUCUAUCCUUAAAUGUAAAAAUAUUUUAAAUUUAGUCCUUAAAUGUUAAAAACUUAAUAGUUGAAAUCUUAUACUGUUAAGAGAAGUUCAGUGAUUGUUUCUUAAUCAUGUUUACCGAACAAAUGGCUUUGUAGGCCAAUGACAGGAGGAUCCUUAAUAUCAAGCAAAACUGAAGUAAUUUCAAAAGUGGCAUCCACCUACCUUUUGGGGUAUAGAGGACACCAAAGAUGUUGAUGAGUGGAUACAGGAUCUAGAACAAAUAUUUGAAGUGAUGAGAUGCAAGGAUCAUUACAAAGUUAUACUGGCCACCUUUAUGCUUAGAAGAGAGGCUAGGAGUUGGUGGAAACCUAUUGAGGGAGGUAUACUAGCAGGGGGUGAACUUAACUUGGAGGGAUUUUAUCAAAGACUUGUACGAGACCUAUUUCUCUCAAGCUACACUUAAUAGGUAGGAGCAAGAUCUAAAUGAAUUGCGGCAGGAAGAUAUGAUAGUACAUCAGUAGUAGGCCAAAUUUAAUGAUCUGGUGCAAUUUGUUCCCCCUGUGGCUAAGGAUGAAUUAACCAAAAUGAGAAGUUUCAGAUUGGUCUAUGAACUUCUAUUGGAGAAUUGGUAGUCUCUGCAGAACGAGACACUUAUGCAAAUAUAAUGAAAAAGGCUCAAGUAAUUGAACACUACCAAACUACUAUGAAGGGAAAAAAAUACUAAAGAGGGAGGCAAAGGUAAAGCAGUCAUCAACUACAUGCAACCUCAUAACAAGAGGGUUAAGCAAAAGGGUAAAAGAAGAGGGGUGUUCAUUAAUAAAGUAGAAGCUCAGGAACGCAAAGUGUGCCAUCAAAAACAUGAAGGCGAAGACUGUUACAAGAAAAGGGGUGCAUGUUUCAAGUGUGGGAAGUCAGGACAUUUAGCAAGAAAUUGUAGUGAGGACCAACCAGAUGAAAAAAGACAGAAGGUGGUUAGAAGAGUGUAUGCCUUGAAUGAGCAAGUUCAAGGAAAUCUUGCUAUGAUUAGAGGGGAAGGAACCCUGAGCAAAACCAGUAAUUGUUACAUGAGAACAAAGAAAAUGAUGCAACAAGGCUGCAUUGGUUACCUAGCUUAUAUCUUUGAGAAUAGGAGUAAGCUAGUGUCCAUUGAGGGUAUUAGGGUAGUGGAAGAUUUUAAGGAUGUGUUUCCUAGAGAACUACCCAAAUUAUCCCCAAAGAGAGAAAUUGAAUUUAUGAUAGAUUUGCUACCUGGGAUAGCACCAAUAUCUCAACCUCCAUAUAGGAUGGCUCCUGUAAAAUUAAUUGAGCUUGAAAAACAAUUGCAAGAAUUACUGGACAAGCGUUUCAUUAGGAUGAGUGUUUCACCAUGGGGUGCACCAGUUUUAUUUGUGAAGAAAAAGGAUGCUUCACUUAGAUUAUGUGUAGACUAUAGAAAGUUAAACCAAGUGAUAGUUAAAAAUAAAAAUCCAUUGCCUAGUGUAGAUGAUCUUUCUGACCAAUUGCAGGGUGCUAAGGCAUUUUCGAAGAUCGAUUUAAGGUCAAGAUAUCAUCAGUUAAGAAUAAAGCAAGAUGUUGUGAAGAUCGCUUUUAGAACUAGAUAUGGUCAUUUUGAGUUCCUCGUUAUGCCCUUUGGGCUAACUAAUACUCUAGCAACAUUUAUGGAUCUCAUGCAUAGGGUGCUACAACCAUAUCUAGAUAAGUUUGUUAUAGUUUUCAUAGAAGCUAUGUUGGUGUACUCACCUAAUGAGGAGAGUCACACAAGACAUUCAGCACUUGUCUGCAAAUGCUUAGAGAAAAAGAACCAUAUGUCAAAUUAGACAAAUAUAAAUUUUGGUUGAAAGAAGUUAGUUUUCUGUUGCAUGUAGUUUCUUGUAGUGGAAUUUCUGUUGAUCCUAGUAAAAUUGAAGUUGUUGU